CAAUUGAGCGGCAUCUUCGAAUCUAUCUUACACCUAAACCCUUUCAUGUGAGCGGACUUUAGUUUCCAAUACCAAGGAGAACUUGUUCGACUAUAUCGUAUCGCCCCAUGAUAAAAUCAGAUCAAUGAGUCAUCUUAUUAAUAAUAUGGAAGCUCAUGAUAUAAAGCCGCUCUACGGGGCACGUCGUAGUCGACCGUUGUCCGAAAGUCCGCUUCUGCCAUGCUCUGAGAGCGGAAUUUACGAAAUUCACAGGAACGUCUAAAGCGAAAGAUGGAUCGACGAGCUCGAUUUUCUUGCGUUGCUUGUCGACGGUUAAAGCGCAAAUGUCCUAAGGAAUUACCUUCUUGUUCUUUGUGCCUUCGACUUGAGAAAAGAUGUCAGUAUCCACCACGGGCUAGAAACCAACCCGAGGACGUAAACGAGGACGUUAACUUGCAGGCCGUGAGCACCACAACGGGCGAAUUGUCCCUGAGGAGUAGGGGAUCUAUCCCAGAGGCUCCUGAAUCUAUUAACACAUUCCCGGCUCUGUUCUUUUUAGAUUCUGGGAUUUGCACGAAACCUUUAUUCGCAGACUUCAAUCAAAGGAGAGGUCCCCCAGCACUAUUUGACAAUGUUUCCACGGAGAAACUUGAAGUCUGCGAGACCUAUUUCUCAACAAUCCACCAAUGGCUACCCAUAUUAAGUAGAAAAUGUAUCCGUCGCCAUAUGAUUGAACAUGAAUUGGCCCAACUUCCCCAGUACGACCUCUUAUUUCUGAGUAUGGAGUUAGUCUCGCGGCCUCUAUUACCGGGAACGAUUGCUAGAGAAAACAAGAUGUACUUGAAUGUACUACAGGCCUUACUCCAAGUGGAGAAUUCGUGUCUUCCAUCCCCGCAACUUCUGCAGUCUCUCAUCUUAAUCGCAACCUAUGAGAUUGGACAUGCGAUAUAUCCAGCUGCUUAUUUGCGCGUUGGUUACGCCUCUAGGCUCUGCAUUAUGAUAGGACUACACGACCGCAAAAAUGCAGCUCAGCUAUUUAAGGAUACGCCAACAUGGACAGCGCGGGAAGAAGAACGUCGAGCGUGGUGGGCAGUAUUUUGUCUUGACAGGAUGACGAAUCAGGGGAUUAAGGGACUGCCUUUAUCAGCACCCGAGCCAAGCCCGGGGGAAUUGAUGCCAUCCCCAGAAGCCCCAUGGGACGAAGGAGGGAUCGGCUUCAAUGAACCCUUAUUCGCAACCUCAUUCUCCAACAAUACGAGUCUAGGGUCAUUCGCCAACGUGUGUCAAGCAGGACAUAUCCUCGGUCGUGUUCUACGCCAUCGCGAUGAAGUCAAUAGUAGUAACAUAAGCCUCGGGUUCCGUGCCACAGAAGCGAGGCAACUUCACCACAUCCUGGCGUCUCUGUAUUCCCACCUCGAUGACGUCUCCAAAGAUUCUACGUGCCUUGGUGGUUCUCCCUCGACUUCCAUUGCGCUAUGUUUCUCUGCUCGCCUUAUCUUAUACGAUUUGUAUGCUUGCAACGAAAAAUACUCAACUGAUCAUGGAAGGUCUUCAGAAGAGGCAGAGAUGCAGCGUGAGGCCAUAUCCGGCAUCUUUGAUGUUGUCAGAUGUACAUGGAAACUUGCCCGUCAAUUACUCGAUUCAAUUCAACAAGGUGGUGGGAGUAAUCACGAUAGCGCUAACCCACUUUUGUGUCAUUGUCUUUAUGAAGCUGCAGGCGAAUGCGAAUGGUUGAUCCUUGAACAACAAGAUCCAAGUGCGAUUACAUGGAUAAAAGACAUCGUGGAGCUUCUCGAGGUAAUUGGAAAGCGAUGGCAAGCCGCAGGUGUAUAUCUGUCAGAGAUUUACAAAUGGCCGGGUUAUAGUGGCCUAGUUAAAUAACAUGGGCAGUAGGGUGUUGCCAGCAAUUAUAAACGAACCGAUUUUCAUUUAAAC